AUGCAGGUCCUCGUCGUUGCCGCCGUGCUGGCUGUCGCCGCCGCCGCCCCGGCACCGGAGACGCCGGGCUACAAGCCCGCUCCGGCCCCCUACCACCCGGCCCCUUCCUACAAGCCGGCCUCUUACCACCCGGAGCCCCAGUAUAAGGAGGAGGCCAAGCCGUUCGCCUACGACUACGCUGUCAACAAUCACUACACAGGCACCGACUUCGCCAAGAAGGAUGAGAGCGAUGGCCACAACACCCAGGGAUAUUACUCGGUGGCUCUGCCCGACGGCCGUGUCCAGGACGUCAAGUACGUCACCGACAACUACGGCGGCUACAACGCUGAGCAUAACUGGCUGAUGACCCGCUGGUGUGACUGA